AUGAACGACUUUGACGAGUGCGGCCCGAGCGCAGCCAGCAUGUACCUGCCCGGCUGCGCCUACUAUGUGGCCCCGUCGGACUUCGCCAGCAAGCCGUCGUUCCUGUCACAACCGUCGUCCUGCCAGAUGACUUUCCCCUACUCUUCCAACCUGGCGCCGCACGUCCAGCCCGUGCGCGAAGUGGCCUUCCGCGACUACGGCCUGGAGCGCGCCAAGUGGCCGUACCGCAGCGGCGGCGGUGGCGGCGCAGGGGGCGGCGGCGGCGGGGGCGGCCCCGGCGGGGGCGGCGGCGGCGGCGCCGGGGGCUACGCUCCCUACUACGCGGCGGCGGCGGCGGCGGCGGCGGCAGCGGCGGCGGCGGCCGAGGAGGCGGCCAUGCAGCGCGAGCUGCUCCCGCCCGCGGGCCGCCGGCCGGACGUGCUCUUCAAGGCGCCGGAGCCGGUGUGCGCCGCGCCCGGGCCGCCUCACGGCCCCGCGGGCGCCGCCUCCAACUUCUACAGCGCCGUGGGCCGCAACGGCAUCCUGCCCCAGGGCUUCGACCAGUUCUACGAGGCUGCGCCCGGGCCCCCGUUCGCCGGGCCGCAGCCCCCUCCGCCGCCCGUGCCGCCGCAGCCCGAGGGCGCCGCCGACAAGAGCGACCCCAAGACGGCGACCAGUGGCGGCGGGGGAAGUCCCUGCGCCAAGACCACCCCCGGCUCGGAGCCCAAGGGGGCGGCAGAAGGCGGCGACGGCGAGGCGCCCCCGGGGGAGGCGGGGGCCGAGAAGAGCGGCGGACCAGUGGCCCCCCAGCGUUCCCGGAAAAAGCGCUGUCCCUACACAAAGUACCAGAUCCGCGAACUGGAACGGGAGUUUUUCUUUAACGUGUACAUAAACAAAGAGAAAAGACUCCAACUCUCUCGGAUGCUCAACCUCACUGACCGGCAAGUCAAAAUCUGGUUCCAGAAUCGCAGAAUGAAAGAAAAGAAACUGAACAGAGACCGUCUGCAGUAUUUCACUGGAAACCCCUUAUUUUGAGAACUCCAGGAAGCACCCCUCUCCCCUGAGCCCCACUCACCCACUCUCCUCCCCACCAGCCUGUCCUGGGCAGGCCCAAUGUCCUUGGGUUUAAUGACGCCUCUUCUCUGUGGAACUCCACGAUUCCUUCCCACGGUCAACUCGGGACCUCCUGGCGACCACUGCAGCCUGCGGACGAGGUCGGGGACUUGGCCGAACGGAUCCUAAUAAGGGGAAAAUGACAACCCCGCAGCAAACUGGAUCCACGCUCGCUCCACCCGGAAAAAGCGCUGUCCCUACACCAAAUACCAGACACUUGAGCUGGAGAAGGAAUUCCUCUUCAACAUGUACCU